CCGUGGGUAGUUGUCGCGGAGGUGUUCUGGGUGCUCGGAGGCCCUCGUAGGAGACAGUGACCCAGGAGUCGUCGAGCUCGGGAAGCUUGGGGGUGUGGAGAGGAGAAGCCCGUCCUCAACCAACGCCCAGCGCUGGGCGGCUCCGAUGCUGGGCUGCAGAAGUUCUCUGUAUGGGGUGCCCUGCAAUCCUGUAGGAAUAGGAGACGCUGGCAGAGCCUUGCGUUCAGGACAGCAAUGAUGAUACUGAAGAUGUUUCAUUGUUUGAUGCAGAAGAAGAGACAACUAAUAGACCAAGAAAAUCCAAAAUCCGUCAUCCAGUGGCAUCAUUUUUCCAUUUGUUCUUCCGAGUCAGUGCCAUUAUAGUCUAUCUUCUCUGUGAAUUGCUCAGCAGCAGUUUUAUUGCCUGUAUGGUGACAAUUAUCUUAUUGUUGUCAUGUGACUUUUGGGCAGUGAAGAAUGUCACAGGUAGACUGAUGGUAGGCCUUCGGUGGUGGAAUCAUAUUGAUGAGGAUGGAAAGAGUCAUUGGGUGUUUGAGUCCAGGAAGGCAUCUCCUCAGGAGAAUAAAACUGUUUCAGAAGCUGAAUCAAGAAUCUUUUGGUUAGGACUAAUUGCCUGUCCAGUACUGUGGGUGAUAUUUGCCUUUAGUGCUCUCUUCUCCUUCAGAGUAAAAUGGUUGGCUGUGGUUAUCAUGGGUGUGGUACUACAGGGUGCCAACCUGUAUGGUUACAUCAGGUGCAAAGUGGGCAGCCGGAAGAAUUUAACCAGCAUGGCUACCUCGUAUCUCGGAAAGCAGUUUUUAAAACAAAACACCGGAAAUGAACAGACUUCUUGAAUAGAGAGAAAAUUAUGUUUUCUGUGAUAUUGGGGACUGGCCGAAGAGAUUCUUGAUUAUGAACUGUUUAGACCUCAGUCCGGUUGCAAAGAGGAGCAUUGGGUUUUUUUGUUUGUUUUCACUUACAAAGUUACUAUGAAAACUGUUUUCCUUUUUUAAAGAAAGUUUUUGUUUUUAUUUUUUUUUCUAAUAGUUGAGGCUGGGAAAUAUGAUAUCAUUAAGAACAUUGUCAGAAUUUAUUUUAUGGUGUACAUAUGUAUGCAUAUAGUAAUGUAUCCGUAUAUCCCAAAUUAAUGUGUUAGUUUACAUAUGUUACAGAGAUAUUUGUAUUUUGAUCCAUAGAAAAUAGAAUGUUCUUAGUCAAAGGUGUCUAAGUUAUUUUCGGAAAUAAGUUGAUUCCAUGAUUAAGAGUAAACACUUGGCUUGUGUAUGAGUUAAAAUGUAGAAAAGAUUGUUAAUUUUAAAAAUAUACUUCAUGCUGAAAUUGCUUACCUUAGACAUGCACAAGUGAAAACAAAAUUCAGGCUGGUAGUAUUAACUAGUUUCUAAAAUUUCUUUUAUUUUUUUACUUAAGGCCUAAAUAAUAAAAGGAAUCUUUAUAGUUUAUGUUUAAGGGAUACCCAAGGGAUUGCUGCUGUUCUAUUUAUUUUGUGGAAAGGAUGGUCAGAUUUUAUUUUGGAACUUCCUGGAAACUCUUCAGUGGUCUCUGGACUAAUAAAAUCUUUUAGUACUAAAUGAAUAUUGUUCUUAUGUCUUAGUAAGAAUAAUCAUUUAAAUACUUGGCAUAAUAAAUGCCUAAAGACAUUA